AUCUCCCCUGGUAGAUCUCAAGAACCCAACGGACUCUUCGGUGCAUAGUCCCUUCACCAAGCGUCAGGCCUUCACGUCAACUUCAACCAUGAUAGAAGUGUUCAUGCAGGAGAAGCAGCCCGUGGUGACUGCCUCCACAACCAUGCCGGCACCCCCUUCCUCGCCGCUGCCCAGCAAAACCAACCCUGUUCCCCAGAUGUCCCCAGGGUCCUCGGACAACCAGUCCUCCAGUCCCCAGCCAGCGCAGCAGAAGCUGAAGCAGCAGAAGAAGAAAGCAUCGUUAACAUCCAAGAUUCCUGCGCUCGCGGUGGAAAUGCCUGGCUCAGCGGAUAUCUCAGGGCUAAACCUGCAGUUUGGGGCGUUACAGUUUGGUUCAGAGCCUGUUCUCGCCGAGUACGAAUCGACGCCUGCAACGAGCGCCACCGUUAGCCAAUCUCAAAGCAGCCUGUACACCAGCACGGCUAGUGAAUCUUCAUCCACAAUUUCGUCCAAUCAAAGCCAGGAGUCUGGUUACCAGAGCGGCACAAUACAGACAGCAACGUUUACCUCCCAGAACAGCGCUCAGGGACCACUGUACGAACAGAGAUCCACCCAGACAAGGCGAUACCCAAAUUCAAUCUCUUCCUCGCCCCAGAAAGAUCUGACCCAGGCCAAGAAUGGUUUCAGUUCUGUACAACCCACGCCAUUACAAACCACACAGGCUGUUGAAGGUGCUACAGGCCCCGCGGUGAAAUCCGAUUCCCCCUCUGCUCCCAGUAUCGCGCCUCUCAAUGAUGGGGUGUCUGCGUCAUCCUUGCUGACGACAGCCAGCCAACACUCGACAGCUCUGAGCAGCCUGAGCCACAGCGAGGAGCUGCCCAGUACGACCACGGCCCAGCUCAGCAGUACGUUACCCACCCAGCAGAACAGUCUGUCCUCAUCCACAUCCUCCGGGCGAACGUCAACCUCCACUCUCCUGCACACAAGCGUGGAGAGUGAAGCAAACCUCCAUUCUUCUGCUAGCACUUUCUCCACCUCCUUCGUAAGCGUUUCCUCCAGUCUCAGCAGCGUCAGCAGCCUGGGCCUCAGCCUCAGCAGUAACUCCACGGUGACGGCCUCCACGCGCAGCUCUGUUGCAACAACAUCAGGAAAAGCCCCUCCCAACCUUCCUCCUGGAGUCCCACCGUUGUUGCCUAAUCCGUACAUCAUGGCUCCAGGGUUGCUACACGCCUAUCCGGUGUAUGGAUAUGAUGACUUGCAAAUGCUCCAGACGAGAUUCCCCUGCUCUUCGAUUUUCCCUACGCCCACCACCCCACUGACUGGAAGAGACGGCAGCCUGAGCAGUAACCCGUACUCUGGUGACUUAACAAAAUUUGGCCGAGGUGAUGCCUCUUCCCCCGCUCCUGCAACGACUUUGGCGCAGCCGCAGCAGAGCCAGACCCAGACUCACCACACCACGCAGCAGACGUUCCUGAACCCAGCGCUGCCUCCUGGCUACAGUUACACCAGUCUGCCGUACUACACAGGGGUACCAGGGCUCCCCAGCACCUUCCAGUACGGGCCCGCCGUGUUCCCUGUUGCUCCUACCUCUUCCAAGCAGCAUGGUGUGAAUGUCAGCGUCAACGCAUCAGCAACCCCUUUCCAGCAGCCCAGCGGCUAUGGCUCUCACGGAUACAGCACUGGUGUAUCCGUGACAUCCAGUAACACAGGAGUGCCAGACAUCUCGGGCUCCGUCUACUCCAAAACUCAGCAAUCCUUCGAGAAGCAGGGAUUUCACACUGGAACCCCGGCAGCCUCCUUCAACCUGCCUUCGGCGCUGGGCAGCGGCGGCCCCAUCAACUCCCCGUUCAUGCACAUCCUGACCCCGCAUCAGCAGCCCCACUCGCAGAUCCUCCACCACCACCUGCAGCAGGACGGGCAG